AGUGCAGACCAAUGCAUGAAUGCUGCUGAUCGCCGUAGGUUUUCUGACUCGGAUACUAACUUCACAGGCAAAUCAGUUUCCGUUAUUCUAAUCAUAUUUUAAUUCUUACGGCAGUACGAAGAAGACAGCUGAAACAAAAAUCCUCCCACUAUAUGACCCACCCUUCUUUGCUUCCGCCUUCAGCUUUUCCCCUCCCUCUUGAGCUCCACCAACCGCGCUACGGUGCUAGUACUAGUACUAGUUCUUUAGUUAUCAUGUCUCACUUUGUCAAGUAAAAUCCGAAAAAAAUAAAGCUGUAGGUUUCUUCCCUCUUUUAUUCUCUUGUUGUCUUUGUCGUUCAAUUUUUUUGAAAAGAAGAAUGUCUCUUGCCCCUUCGCUGUUAAAAUCUCGUUUCUUUCUGUUUUCUUGGUCCUUCCCUCCUCUCUUCUGAUAGGCUAUGGGUUGAGAAAACCUCUCAAAAAUCUCAUCUUGGUGUGAACUUUUUGUGAUAAUUUUUCGUGUUUGUAACUUGCGAAUCAUAGGGUCGAAAGGGCUCGUUCUUUUUGAUAGGUUUGCGAAUCCAUUGAUUGUGAUUUCAGAAUUUCUGCAUUGGAACUCAUCUUGGGCUUAUCUGCUGUUAUGAGAAGUUGGAAAAGGCCUUUCUCAGAACCUAUUUUUGCAAAGGGAGAGAAUCACAGUGACGAUAUAGAGGGAGGGCCGCACCACCCCUUUUCAGAUGAGAGCGAUGAUGGCCUCUGCUUUUCUGAUGCAGAGGACCACUCCUGGCAUUACUCAAUUGGUGCUGGUUCAGCUUAUGAUCAGCAUCAGUUCUCGAGUGCUUCUCAUUUUGAGAUAGAUGGAGUUCCGGAAACAUGCAGGAAAUCUUGCAUCUCAGAUUGUUCGGUCGAGGUUGAUUUGGAGAGUGAGAGUUCCGAGAUUAAGGUAAAUAAAGACAAGGUUGAGAGGGAUUGCAGGAUUUGUCAUCUCAGUUUGGAUAGCGAUGCCCCGGAUUCGGGCAUCCCAAUUGUAUUGGGCUGUUCUUGCAAGGGUGAUUUAGCUGCUGCUCACAAGCAUUGUGCUGAGACAUGGUUUAAAAUUAAAGGAAACAAAACCUGUGAGAUUUGUGGCUCGACUGCACGGAAUGUGGUUGGUACUGGUGAGACUGAGUUCAUUGAGCAGGGGAAUGAAGCAAACAGUGCUCCAGCACCACCUGCACCGCCAUCGGAAACCCGAAGCUUUUGGCGGGGGAAUCGGUUCCUCAACUUCUUGCUUACAUGCGUGGUUUGUGCCCUUGUUAUCUCCUGGCUUUUUCAUUUCAAUAUUCCGGGCUGAAUUCAUUUCCAGUUGCAAGGGUUCCCCAAGUCGUCAUGAGGAAGUUUUCUCUAUUGCUACGAGGAACCCUGACAACAUCACUACACGAAAAAAAAAAAAACAAAGAAGAUUUGAUGACAGAACCAUGAUGCCCGCUAAUAGGGGGGAGAGAUCUGUUGAGUUUGUUGAAGGGCAAGUAAAUAACCAGUUGCCUCGUGUUGGGCGUCAAAGAUCCCUUACUAAGUUCUUUGAGCAGAGGAAAAGAUCAGGCCAACGACCAUGGUUCUGUCUCUCAGGAGUUAGAUUGUUGAUGAGUUUUUCUUCUUUUUUUUUUUCCCUUUUUUCUUUUCCUUGAUAGACCUUUGAUGAACUUUAUUCUGGGUAUUUGUUGAGCAUAACUAUGCUUAAGUUUUCAGUGAUGCCAUUGUUUACCUACGAUCCUUGUCCACUGCUGUACUAGUUGACAAUCUGAGCUUAUAUGUCCUCCCAGCCACCCA